AUGGUGGUGGAGUGGCUGAAGGAGAGGAGAAAGGACACCAAGCUCUGUCCCUCUCCGCGCAGGCUGCUGGGCAGCCGCAAAUUCGCGACGCUCGUGAUCUGCAUCGUCUCCAUCAACGCCAUCUCCCUGGCCGUGGAGACCAACUACCGCUGCCGGCUGUGCUGGGGUACCUUUUUCGAGGUCACAGAUGCCUUCUUCAUCGCUGUUUCCACCACCGAGCUUUUGCUGAAGCUGUAUGCAGACCCCGUCCCCUGCUGGAAGAGCGGCUCCCACAUCUCAGAUGCUGCCAUCCUCCUCAUUGCCUUCCUCCCGCACGUCUUGCCCGUGGACAUCGCCCCUCGUACGCACCUGGAGGGGACGACCGAAGGUCUCCAAACCCUCCGCAUACUCAAGCUCAUCAAGUACAGCGGCGGGAUGAGGACUCUUGGCCAGACGGUACAGACAGCGAUGUAUGCCCUCAUCCUGCUGUUCCUGCUGAUGUUUGUGUUUGCCAUUUUGGGACAUGGAUGGUACGGAGAUCCCAAAACCGGAGAUGCUGAAAACUGGGGCAGCUUGAAGGCUGCCCUCUUCACGCUCUUCAGUUUAGUAACCGUUGAUGGUUGGACAGACUUACAGCGCGAGGUGGAUCAUUAAGGGUUUACGAGCAGCCACGUGUUCAUAGUCAUGUUCAUCUUGCUGGGCAACUUCAUCAUCUUCAAUAUGUUGAUUGCACUUCUGAUUACCAGAACCCAGGUCAUACAAACUCUGUGCAUUGAGUGUGCGCGCGGGUGUGCGUGCUACCAGCUAGCAGGCUCUGGUUGGAAAGCUGGUGCUUCGCUGCUUGCAGAACUAAGCAUGAACAGGACUGCAAAGCGGCGAAGGGCCAAGAAACAGAAGAUCCUGAAAAAGGAGGGGAAGAACGUGAGCAACCAAGUCGCGCUGGAGCAGCACAAAAUCACUCAAGGUGAAGAUUUCAGCGAGCUGCUGGAUGACAUCAAAAAGACUUUGCGCCACUCCAGUAUCAUCAUUACAGAGGGUCUUUGUUUUACCGUCCCAUUUAUUGAUCUGUAUUCGCCGUUCCUGGACCUCCAGGAUGACACACUGAACAGGUUGCAACAUCACUGUUAUGAACAUACUGGCAUAUUGAGAGAGAUUGUGGAAGUCAUGAAAGAAAAAUCGUUGCCAGAUCAUGAGAAGACGAAAAGUUAAAAGCUCUUUAGGUGGAACAUGAUCCUUGGUGGCUGUCAGAGCUCUGCCCACAACCUCCUCUUCAAACCUUCAUUAAA